CCUUGUUGACUAAAGCAAAAGAAACUCACAGGUCUGUGUGUGUGUGUGUGUAAUUGCCUGUGUAUGUGUGAAGAAAUUAAGUUUCAUUGGGUUAAGGUGCAUCUGUGCUUAAGUUAGGAAUUUUUUAUGCAUGCUGAAGAAGUAGUUUGAAAUGGAAAAGAUGAGAGUAAUGCCUCUGUUUAGGAGAUAUUAUUGAUGCAAGAAUUCCACACCCUUCUCUUUGUUAUUCAACUCCUACGAAUACCCAUUUCACAUAUAUUUUUUUGUUGUUGUGAAUUUUGGCUUCUCAUAAGCACUCUUUCUCUCACUCUCUUCUUGGCAAAUACCAAAUAUGCAUAGACGUGAUUUUCUUCCUUCAAGGACAGUAAGUUAGUAACGAAGGGCGGACCUGAUGCGGCAUGAAGGUCAGGGGUUUGAUUCUUGGAAACAACUUCUUUGCUUGCACGAGUAAGCUUGCGUACAUCAAACCUUCCACAGACUCGCGUAUGCGAGAGCUUUGUGCCGCCUUUUUUUAAAAGCAAAGUGAAGUUGAGAGCAUUGAAAGCCGACGUGGAAAGGCUUUGUUUCUCAUCAAUUCUUACUUUUGAGUCUCACUUAACUUCAAUCCCUCAUCUUCUUUUUGUCUCUGAAUUCCUAGUUGGUUCGCCUUCACAGACAAUUGAUCGAACAUACCCUCCCCAUCCUCCAUUUUCACAGUACGCGCUAAAUGGCGGUGCUAUAAUGUGUUCAACUUUCUGACAGUGGGAUUUUAUAGCAGUGUGAAAGGACUUUGAAUAUAGGAAAGACUUUGUUCCACCUUAAAUUAUAGUUUAGUUUUCUCCAUAUGGGCUGUUAAGUACAAUGGAAACUUUUGGUUGAGAAAAAUAUUGCUUCAAUUUUCUGAUCAAGGCUCUUUUGUUGCUUUUCAAUCACAGGGUUCUGUGUAAACUGUAAACUACGUGCUUGCCAUGAUGGUUUUUGAAUAGAGCACCACUGGAAUUUUAGCACAGAAGGUAACCAAUCUGGUUUUAAUUUCCCAGAACUAUUUGUGGUGCUAAGAACGACAUUGGUCCUAGUGGAAAUGACAAUGACGUUGGAGGAGCUGCUUGCUAAUGAAGGAUUCAAAAGGACACGGUCAAAGAUCUCUACGGGAGCUUCCUUUGGGUCACCAGCAGCAACUGUGCCAAAUUCCACUUUUCGAGAACAUAAAUCAGGCUCUUUCUCAGAUGUCAGAAAGACUGAGAGGACAAACUCUGAUUUAUCACGGUAUAGGUUGAGAGAUGAAUUCCCAGCGAGUGAUGGAACAAAUGGGAGAAGGCCGAGGUAUAAUCUCCGUUUAAGGGAUAAACUGGAUAGAGAAACUAGAGAGCAAGGCAAAAGAGAUUCUAUUGAUUUGUAUGACAUUAAUAACAGAUCCAAUCGUGAUUCGGCUGAAGAUUUUCCAGUUAAUGAGAUUAUUGAGGUUGGAGAGGAAGAUGGUGAGGGUUAUCAAGAUCUAUUUUCAAACAAAAUGUGUAGCCCUGAUAGAAGGAAUGGUAUAUAUUCAACUGGAAUUAGUGAAAGGGAAAGACCAAAACGGAGGUCAGGGAAGGAUAUAGAGGUAGACAACAAAGCUGGCAACAGUUCUAAUAAGCAUCCUCUUAGGCGUUUGAGUUGUAGGGAUUAUUAUGGGAAUUCUGACAAAAGUUUGCACAACAGUGGAAGUUCUGAUGACGCCAAGAGUCGAAGGCUUACUGAGAUUGAGCAGAAUGUUCCUGAACCUGCUCUUGAUGAAGUUCAGAAUAUUCAUGAACAUGCUAUUGAUGUUCAGAAUGUUCCUGAACCUGCUCUGGAUGAAAUUGCUGUCCAAGCCAUGAUAUCUAUCGUGUGUGGGUAUAUCAGAUGUUUUCUAAACGAUGAGGAUUUUCGGACAUCACUCCAUCACAAUUGUUUCACGGUGCUUAAUUUCACUGAAUCAGAUGAAGGCAUAUUUGCUGAGAGCAAGGUGAUAGCCAGUCUUGAACAAGCUAUAGAAACAGUAGAAGGAGCUGCCGAGGAGCGCGUAAGUGGGAAAGAGUUAAUAAAAGCUUCACUGCAGCUUAGGAUGAUUACUGGGUUGAGUUCGGAUGAUUCCAAAGAUGGCUUCACAUCUGGGAUUCCCAAUUCUAAGAUCUCCGCUUGUGCUCAUCUCUACUUGAGUGUGAUAUGUACAUUGCAGAAGAAAGACAGGAUAGCAGCAAAGCAUCUUUUGCAAGUUUUUUGUAAUUCACCCUUUGAGGCUAGAACAACGUUGUUGCCAGAUUUAUGGGACCACAUGUUUCUUCCGCAUCUGUCCCAUUUGAAGGUGUGGUACAAUCAAGAAGCGGAUUCUCUAGCAAACACACCAAGCAAGGCAAGGAAACUAAAGCUUCUUGAAAAAGUGUAUAAUGAGAUUAUGGAUUCUGGGACAUACCAGUUUGCUGUUUAUUACAAGGAUUGGCUCCCAGAGGGGGUUGAAGGUCCAUCCACUCCCUCCAUCCACGUCCCUUCUAUACCUGAUCACGCAGCUCGGAGGGGUGGUCCACAGAGCUAUUCGGUUGAGAGAAUUCGCCAAGAAGGCACUUUUAGCCACUCCAUUGAGAUACAAAGCCCCACUGAACCCUUUUCCCCACUGCCUAUGGUCAGUAAAAGAUUAUAUGAUGCAGUAUUUGGUCGUUCACCCAAAUCUGGAGUAAAUAAUGUGAAGGAAUACAAGUGUGUGGAAAGUUUUGAUCUUAGUACAAGAAGCUCUGAUGGUUCUACUGUUGAAGGUGAACAAGAAUUGACAUGUUCUUCUGCAAAGGUUAAGCAUAAGGAUCAAAAUAUUGAACAAGAUAAUUCAUCUCAUCAUGAAGAUGGACUGAACGCUGAGGAAGCAUGGAGAUUGCGUAGAGCUAGUACUUCAAGUAAAGGAGACGCAAUUGACAAAUUUGGAAUGUAUCCUAUGUAUCCAGGAAAUCGAGAAAGCACCCAAAUAUUACAGGCGUAUUCCGAAACAAAAGCAAAUGAGUUUGCAUGUAAGAGACUUGCCAAAUUGGCUUUUAAACUGCAAGAAACUGAUGGGUUAAUGGACCUCGCGUCUUCCACUUCGUCUUCACAUACGGAGGAUGCGCCAUAUCCAGAUUGCUCUGCAAAUUCUAUCAAGAUGAGGUCCCCGGAUGAAGGGUUACAUGGUGGUUAUGACAACGUCAAUGAAGAAUCCUCUUUCUCAAACAUCCCCGAGGUUUUUAUAUGCCCUCUCACUGGACUUGUUUUCGAAGACCCAGUGACCUUAGAAACUGGCCAAACCUUUGAGCGAGCAGCUAUCUCAGAAUGGUUUAAGCAAGGAAAUAGAGAAUGUCCAGUGACAGGGAAGACACUGGAAUGCCAAUCUGUUCCAGUAAGCAACUUCAUUUUGAAACGUGUUAUUGAUAGCUGGAAAUCAGAUCACUGCAAUCAUUUGUUGGCUUUUGACUCCCAAGCAGCAGGGGAUAACAAACCUGAACUCAAGGUUGAAAGAGUUGUAUUGUUAGAACAGAUCCUUACUUCUUUUAGUAAUAAGGAUAGAAUAACAAAUGCCAAGCUCCUACUAUCCCUUGGAGGCUUGCAGUUUCUAGUUCGGAGGUUUGAAUCUGGAAACAUGGAGGCAAAGACAAGUGUGGCGGCAUUGUUUUCCUCUUGUAUUGAAGCAGAAAGUAGUUGUAGAGAUUACAUAGCUAGGACCAUUAAGAAACCAUGUCUUCUUGAGCUUAUCCACAGCAAGCAGGUCAAAUCAAGGACAACGGGGGUGUCUCUUUUGAUAGAACUAAUAUGUCUGAACAGGAGGAAAGAUGUUAAUUUGUUCUUAGGUGGCUUACAGAGUGAUGGGAUUCUGGAUACAAUGCAUGUUUUACUCCUCCAUCUCCAGAGCUCUCCACCUGAGGAAAGACCCUUGGUUGCUGUUCUCCUGCUACACUUGGAUCUUCUGGAUGAACCUCGGAAAUACAGCAUAUACCGGGAGGAGGCUGUUGAUGCCAUUACAGUUGCUCUGGGUGGCAGCUUAUCUGAUAAGAAGAUCCGAUCGAAGUGUUGUAAAGCACUUCUUAUCUUAGGAGGGUGUUUCUCUUCCUCUGGGAAGAUAAUGACAGAGGAUUGGAUCCUAAAGCAAACUGAAUUUCUUGAUGGUCCCGACCCCAAUUCUCUGGAACAUGAAGAAGAUAACAUAAUAGUAGCUGAUGAAAACAUUUGCUCGGAUGACGAUUACGAAAGGGAAGAGUGGCUGAGGAGAUUAUCAGCAUCGCUUGUUGCUGAUAGGAGGAAAUCAUUUCUGGGAAGUAUUUCCAAGUGUCUAGGUUCUGGAAACUUGGAUUUAGUGAGGGUGUGUUUAACCACUGUGGCGUGGUUGAGCUCUGCACUUGCUUCAUUACCUGAUACAGAGUUCCAGCUUUCUGCCUUCUCGGCUCUCAUCUCUCGGCUGAAAGAAGUUAUUGAAAACGACGACCAAGUUGAGCACAGGAUUCUCGCUAAUCUGUCUUUGCUUAAUUUCAGCAAUAUUCCAGAAUGCAGGGUUCUGUUGAUGACAAUUGCAGAUGAACUCGUCGUACCUUUGAGAAGCCUAGCGGAAGUAACAUGGAUGGCGGGAGAGCUUUAUGCUCUCAUUUCCGGGGAUGUUUUAUAAUCUGCAUAGCGGAAGAAAUGUUAAUAUCUUUUGAGUCGUUAACCAAUUUUGCAUGCCCCAUCAUUUUCGUUACUAAGCGUUAGUUAUCACUGGCCUCCUGAUGGUUUUCCAACAACAAUAUCACGGAUUUCUGUGUUUUGUACCAUUUGCUCCUUCCUAAUCCUACCGGUGCAUAAACCAUUCCAAAGACUUUCGUACCCUCAGUCCGCUUGUUAUCUGAUUGAAUUCCAAACAUGUGGUGUGAAGGUGAUCACUGCUGUGUUGAUUUUGGGUGAGGGAUAAGUCCGAUUGGUGGUUUAUUGGAACCUAAGGGAGAUGUCACAGAGAGUUUUCCAUGUAUUGUUAUCGGGUUCAUCACAUGUGGCUGUGAACAGAUAAGAUGUAUAUAAAUCCGAUACGACUUUU